CCGACAUGGAGGAGGCCAGCGCCUGCACCCUGUACCGAUGCGUCUGCUGCUGGCGUCGUCUCUGCUCUCCCCGGAUCCCGCGCGUCGCCCCCGGCAGAGACUACGUCUGCAUCCCGGCUGGCGCGGAUGACAGCCCCGCCUGGUCGCUGCUCGUCGGCUUCCUCUCCGCAUCCAUCCCUAUGAUCUCCGAAGACAGUGUCCUGGGCCUGCACCGGUUCCGCGUCGCGCGAUCCGGUCGAAUCCUCGGCCGGAGCGAGGAUGCCCUCGACACCCUGUGCACCGUCGAAACCACCAAGGGCUGCAGCGGCAUCGCCAGCGCUACCGCCGCGCUGACUCCCGACGGCCGCUCGCUAUGCCUCUUCUCUGAGCACCUGGAUCCGGGCAAGAACUCGGCGACCCCACGAGCCCAGCAGCUGCGGCUGGCCCACGAAGCCGCCACCAUGUCCGAGCUGCCUCGCCUGCCGCAGGACACUUGCACGCAUUGCCGCCCCGUCUCGGCCGCCGGCCACCUCUGGGCUCCAUACGUCUAUUUGGAGUAUGUAGGCAAGUGCGUCCUCGGGAUGCAACGCUUCCGCAAGGACGCUGACCGGUGGGAGCAGGCCGGGGACACCUUCCCCUUCCACUACAAGAGCCAAAUGACCAAACUGUGGAAUGGCGACUUCUUGCAGGGAUGCGCCGUUCUCCCGGACGACACCAUCUUGGUGUCGCUGCGACCAGCUCAGGGCGUCUUCUUAACCUUCAAUUGCUCCGAUUGCACCUGGACCGUGGUCACCACCUCCGAGAACACACAGACGGUCUACGUCCCCAUCCUGGGCCCUGGUGUAUACAUACAAGGAGAUGAUGAUACAGAUGAUGAUGGUGCCGUCUACUUCCUCCGUGACAAUCGCGUCUAUGCCUACAAGCUGCGCUAUUACCAGGACCAGGAGGAUCAGCGAAGAAAGCUCAAGCUGGAGCCGCCUACCAUUGUCGACUCUGUCUGUCCUUUCUACGAUGAAGGCUAUGGUUUCCUCACGCACCUGGGCGGCCGACUCAUGUGCUCCGUCUGGAUCAGCGUGGAGCGCCACUGCUCCUGUGACCAUCUGCACGCCAUCAUCUCCACCUUCAGAGUUAGACCAACCAGCGCUCGGCAGAAAGGCAUCGAUAUACUGCAUUCCACCUGCCGCCGCUUGGAUGUGCUCUCUGUUGGACUACCAACCCAUGAAUUCUGCUUCCUACAGGAGUAUGAGGACCAGAAUGCCAUGCCGCCUGCAAUGCUGGAGUAUCCAACCAGCUCUCCCGUCAUAGAAUCCUCCAAGAUGCUUGAUUGUUGCAGCAAUUUUCUAUCUGUAAAACCGGGACAUUACGAGUUUGAGGAGCCUCCUGAGGACCCAGCUGUCCAGAUCAAUAAGGACCUAUAUAUUAUUUGCGAAGCUCAAUUCCAGACAAUUGUGUAUGUUGCCAAAAUAGAGAACGGAAGGGUGGGAUCUCAUGACAAACUUCUCACGCAAAAGCAUGCUCUGGUCUUAUCUUACAACACUGACGAUCAUUACCUUGUUCGGUAUCGGUCUCCCCCGUGGCACCUCGUCUUCAGCAGUCGCAGCUCCAACGCAUAUGUUGUCUCUAACACACAAGAUGGCAUAGAUGCAUACGGUCCAACUGAGGAGUCCAAGCUGUUUCCAUGCACGGAGCCUCCCGCUCCUGACCCUUUCUCUAUGGUUCUUGAAGUUGGUAACAGGAUUGUCGCUCUGAGCGAGACUCUCGGUGUUUCCUACCACGAUGGAUCCAAAUGGGUGCGUUGCAGGCACCUCGCAGACGAAUAUCUUGCUCUGAACGGGAAGGUUGACCUUUCGGGAUAUGCGGUCCUGGGUGACAAUUCCUUCGUGGUUUCCGAGGCCGGCACAGGUUCGAUCCUUAUGUUCGAUCUGCGUUCCGAGAGAUGGAGCAUUGUGCGGCAUGCUUCUGCUUCGUGCGGAGCCCAAGUGUUGAACGGGAGAUCUGUGUUUGUUGAUGGUUUCAUCUACACAUGCACAAUGGGGGGCAUUCUCGCGUAUGAGCUGGUUGAUCAGCAAGAUGAUGGCAAGGAGCUUGGAGAGCCCGUCCUCUUGCAGUUCUCGUGGCAGUUGUCAGAGCGCAGGGGUUGGGACGCUGAAAGGAUGUGCUUGGAUUGUGCUGACAAAGACAAGAUCCCUGAUGCGAUUGUUUUCUGUGUGGUGCAAGGUGAAUAUGGUUGUUCAAAAAACCUUCCUGGCAGCCUUUCUCGCAGCCACGAUGUACACAUCACAACUGUUCAGGUGAAGACUGAAAGAACACACAGACGCAAAAGGAGGCCAGAGAGAAUUGACCAUGUGGAUAUCAGCACAUGUUUCAUUGAGCAUGAUGCAGCACUUGUCUGGACCAAACGUUGUUUUGCAGUUGAGUCUUCUUGAUCUCUAAUGCCCCAUGAAGUCGACCGCCUUGCUUGUGUUCACAAAAGCACUAUCUUAGUUUCUUCUUUUUUGGGGGAAAAAGCCUAUCUUGGCUUUCCACUUGUAUGUAUGUACCAUGAAUUAUACUAUACUAUAUAGAGAUAAUAUUUCCUUAUA